UCCCCUUUAAAACUGUCGUUGGUUCAUCUGAGUUGGUCACGUGACUCUUCAGAAACGAAAUCGAAAGAGUAAAUUUUUAGAGUAAAUAUCACAUUCAGACGCUGGACAACAGCAGUUUUGUCGGGUCUCACAGCAGAAACCAAAGCAAGCAACAUGAGUUCAAACACGGAGAAGUGUUUCAACCGCAACGACCGCACUUUGACGAUUGUGGAUGAAGAGGAUCAAUUAGACUUUCUGUGUGAAGGUUUCUCGUCUCCGAGAGCGCGGAUGUCCUGUGGUCACGCUGUCACUCCCACAUCUCUCACCAACUGGUGCCGUCGUUUGUUGGAAGACGGGGAAAGCAAAUUUGUGUGUGCCGUGUAUGGUUGUGGUAAGGAAUGGCCUUACGUGGAGGUUCGUAAAAUGGCUCUCCUGACCCCUGAAGAAAGGGAUUACUUUGAAAGAACAGUGGGCCUCAAUGCUUCCAAAGUUUACUUUGACUUCAAAUCAUGUCCUGGAUGCAAAUUCUCAGUGACGAGAAAAAAUGAAUCAAAUCUGAGUGUCCGCUGCCAAUUUUGCACAGCAAGGAAGGGACGAGCUUACGAAUUCUGCUGGCAGUGUUUGGGGGAAUGGAAAGGUCCACAGCCACGGACAGACCGCUGCGAAAAUGACAACUGCUUCAACGAGGCACUCAAAACACUGAAAAACUGUCCAGAUAUCGUCUUUGAGUCUGUGAAGGAUGUCAGCGGAUGUCCCUCCAUCCGGGCCUGUCCCACCUGUGGCUCGCUGCUGGAGCACAGCUCCAAAAAAUGUAAAAACAUUUUCUGUCCUCGAUGCAAAGUGGAGUUCUGUUUUGUGUGCCUGAAAGUCAGUACUGAAUGUUUGAAAACAAGUAGCCAUUUCAAGCCGUGCUCCAGUGGUGUCGCCCCCAGACAGACCUCUAUACCUGUAUGGCAGAGAUAAUAAUGUGAGCAAUGUUAGACUAACCGGUGGAAAAUAUAAACUGCAAACUAUUGUGCCACAAAUCCAAGUUCAAACCUCAUCACAUCCAACAAUAUUGAGGGACUUUUUACCAUCGCUGUCAGUUACAGUUAACUUAAAAAUUGCAUGUUUGCCUCAAAUAU